AAAAGGGUUCGACCCCACUAUCGUUGUUGCCAACUCUUACCUCAUAUCGCGAUCUCCUCCAUUCUCACCAACCAACCACAAGGUUCAAAAAAAAAAUAUAUAUAUAUAUCAUGGGGAGCAAGGCACCAAGUUGGUCUGAUCAAUGGGGAACUGGUGGGUUUGGUAGUGAGGGGUAUGAGGAGAGUGAGAAGGUGAAGAAGAGUAAUGGUAGUAGUAACAAGAAGAUGGCAGAUGCAAAAGCUGCAGCAUCAGCAGGAAUGGACAAAGCCAAAGCAGUAGCAUUGGUGGGUGCUGAUAAAGCUAAGGUAGCUGCUGUAGUGGGUGCCCAGAAGGUUAAGAGUGGUACCUUUGCUGGGAUCAAAUGGGUCAAGAAUCAGUACCAGAAAAGGACUUCAUCUAAGUGAAGUCAAUCAAUGGUCACUGCACAGUUUCAUUUCAUAGCUUUGCUAAAAAAAGAAAAAACAUAUACAUUGUUGCUCUUAGUUAAAGUGUUUUGUUUGUUUCAUAGGGAUGAUGCUUAUGCUUUGCUUUCCAAUUUGGAUUGGAACUAUUCAGAAUAGCUUUAUGUUUUUCAUUUGUCUAUAGAAAAAAGAAAAAGAAAAUAGUGUGGAAUCUUAUUAUUUUUA